GCACCAGCGGCCCGAAGGCCCUUGUGAGCCGAGCUUGCGCAGCAGCGCGACCCCGGCGCGCACCCCCCGCCCCUGGCCACCGCUCGCCUCCGCGGACACGUACUUCCUGCGAGGCCUCCGUGCGCACCUUGGCCGAGGGGAGCUGAACCGAGCCGAGCCCUGCCCUUCCAAGCUGUUCGCAAUGGUGGACGAGCUGGUGCUGCUGCUGCAUGCGCUCCUGAUGCGACACAGAGCCCUGAGCAUUGAGAACAGCCAGCUCAUGGAACAGCUGCGGCUGCUAGUGUGCGAGAGGGCCAGCCUGCUGCGCCAGGUACGUCCGCCAAGCUGCCCGGUGCCCUUCCCUGAAACGUUUAAUGGCGAGAGCUCCCGGCUCCCCGAGUUUAUUGUGCAGACGGCGUCUUACAUGCUUGUGAAUGAGAACCGAUUCUGCAACGACGCCAUGAAGGUGGCCUUCCUAAUCAGCCUCCUCACCGGGGAAGCCGAGGAGUGGGUGGUGCCCUACAUCGAAAUGGAUAGCCCCAUCCUAGGUGAUUACCGGGCUUUUCUUGAGGAGAUGAAACAGUGUUUUGGAUGGGAUGACGACGAAGACGACUACGACGACGAGGAGGAUGAUUACUAGGCCCGAGCCCUUCGGGUCUUGGUGAGGGGGGCUGCUGCACGUCACCACCUCCUCCCCCCACCCCCACCUCGGCCACUCCAGGAGCUGUCCUGCUCCCCCUUGCCCUCAGGGCCUCUUCCCUACCCCUGCCCUUCUGUUUCCUCCUUUAUCCUGUCGUAGUGCUUGUCUUUGUUCCAGGAAUAGCGCUCCAGUUAACUGCUGCUGGGGCUGGGGCUGGGGCUGGGGCUGGGGCUGAAGCUGAAGCUGGGACCUGGCUCAGAAUCGCACCGUCAUCCACUCUGGCCAGCCCCAGGACCCCUCCCCUGCUAAUCCGAACUGUGUCCUGAGCCCCAGCUGUUCCAGGCCCUUGUUACAAACUGGUCAGACCACCCACAGAACUGCUGCCACCCGCUGACUGCCAGGCCUACAUCUGCCCAGAGACCUAUGCUGCUGCUUCACCACCACUCACCACAUCCCACUGAACAGACCACCACCUUUGGAGAUAAGGACCAACCUAGAAGGUGCCUGCCUGAGUUGGCUAUACCUCUUUGGACAUUGAUAUGGACGGCUCACCAAUUCCUGAAGGGGCCAGUCAUUCAACCUGGUUUUAUACAGCUGUUGUUUUUCUUUCAAAAUUGCAGCAGUCCCACAGAUGUGUGCGUUUGAACAAAUAAUAUUAAAAACAAACAGGCACUCAGUCCAGCUCCUCAAUAUUAUCUGGAAAAAGCAUUGACAU